AUGCCAUUACCCACGUUAUUAGAUGCUGAAAAUAAAGAGUUAUUUAUGCGUGUUUUAAAUUUCUCGUAUCCCUUGACUAUUGAAAAUGUUAAACAUGAGCAGUGUGGUGUACAACUUUUUAUGCGUUUUCCUACACAGUCUGAUUCGGGUAUCGAGAUUAAUUUUAAGACACACAUGAUGUAUUUACCCGAGGGUUCGUACACGUUACAGAAACUUAUUGAUACCCUGAAUACAUUUGUCUCUGAAUAUGAUGUGAAUUUUACAAUUUUAAAUAAUUCACGUAUCGGUGUAACGUACAGUAUCGAACGUGAAUAUUGGCAUUCUGAUGAAACCAUAAAAAGAGUUGGAUCAAAACCCCCCCAUCAAAUAUUCAACGUUUUUUCCCAAAAUACCGACAAUGGCGACGAAUUUGAAAUGGUCUUUACUGAAUCGUUGGAAUAUAUGCUGGGUAUGCGAGAAAUAAAACUUCAUCCUGAUGUUAUCAAAAAAAAAUUACAAAGAUCACUCUUUCCAUCAACUAUUAAGGCUAGCUUUUAUUAUAUGAAUAAAACAAAUGCAAGUGGGGAUAAUAAAUUUGCUUGUUCAUUCAUGGGUAAAGCCCUUCCCGAUAUUUCCAAUGGUGUUGAUAAAAUGUUUGUAUAUUGUGAACAAUUGGAGAUGUCCGUUGUAGGAGAUACAUAUGCUCCUUUGUUAAUCAUUGUACCCUUAAACAACAACGACCGCGGUAGUGGUGCAUUGCAAGUAUAUACACCGCCGAAUACACGUCGUAGAUUAAUCAAAAGUAAAAUUGAUCAAUUUAAAGUUACAAUUUACGAUACAACACAUACGCUAAUACCGUUUACCAGCGGAACUGUGAAUAUCGAGUGUGUUGUGGAAUAA